ACACAGCGCGCGCGGUAACCGGCGCACGCGCAUCACAAGUUGUCGCGCGAAAAACUUGUGCAACGGAAGAGUGGUAUUCAAAAAUUGUAAGCUUAUAUCCAGUGCUCGAUGUCGUAAUUAGUGUGUAUUUGACUUGGUUUAUUAUACUUCCACGAUUUGUUUAGUCACGAGUUACUUAGUGUUAACAAUCAGAUCACUGCAAUAUCCGUGAAAACUUAACAAGGCAAGGAUGAUUAUGAACAAGUUUUAAAAGUUGUGUUCAAAGCCUUCAAUAUGGGAAGCGGAAAGUUCAGUUUUAGCCCUAAAAAAGACAAAGUGCCAGUGACAAGUGCAAAGACUGAGUUUAGUGUUAAGGAGAAAUGUCAUAAAAUACAGAAGAAAUUAAAGAAGACUGAAACAAAGAAGACUGAUGCUGACGCAAAAGAGAAGAAGAUUUGGUGGAACCAAUGCAGCAGUUUGAGUGAAAUUGACCAGUACCUAUGGAUGGUGGGCGGGUCAGCUGGAGCGCUGGCGCUGACUGGCGUGGCGGCAGCGUCUGCUUUUUACCUCAGCACGAGGCCGAAGCCGGAGAAGCCCCUCGUCACACUGCACGAACAGAGUCUCCUUGAAACGGGACCUGAAAUGGUUCGAGUGUCAAAGUUCUACAAAGAUGCAAAAAACGGACGCUACCUUCGUUACCUCCAUGACGACACGCGCACGUUAUAUGAAACUUUUCGACGGGGCGUGAGAGAGUCAAAUAAUGGCAACUGUCUCGGAUGGCGUGAGGGACCGAACAAACCCUACGUUUGGCAGACGUAUAACGAGACUCUUUUGCGAGCGAAAAAUUUCGGCUCCGGACUAAUAUGUCAGGGGCUUUCACCUGGUCAGAAUACAUUUGUUGGUAUUUAUUCACAGAAUUGUCCAGAAUGGAUCAUGACAGAACAAGCAGCGUACUGCUACUCAAUGGUCAUUGUACCAUUGUACGACACAUUGGGAGCGAAUGCAUGUUCCUUUAUUGUUAAUCAAACGGAAAUGGCCGUAGUAGUAUGCGAGGACGACAAGAAAGCGAACCUUCUGCUGGACCAGUCGCCACGGUGCCUGAGAAAACUGAUCACGAUCAAGGAAGUCUCGCCGUCCACCCACCAAAGGGCGAAGAGUCGGGGCGUAGAAAUUGUUAAGUUCAGUGAUGUUGAAAUACAGGGAGCGCAGAAAGACUAUCCUUGUGUUCCACCAUCGCCAGAAAGCCUGUGCACAAUCUGCUAUACAUCAGGCACGACGGGAAUGCCGAAAGGCGUGAUGUUGACACACGAGAAUGUGGUAGCCUCCGUGUGCAGUGUCAUGAUGCAACUGGGAGAACAUAAGCCCUCCAAGAAUGACGUCAUGGUCUCAUUCCUGCCACUCGCUCACAUGCUUGAGAGGUGUUGUGAGAAUGCUCUGUAUAUGGUAGGAGGAGCGGUUGGUUUCUACAGCGGUGAUAUGAGGAGACUAGCUGAUGAUCUCAGUGCCCUAAAGCCUACUAUGAUGCCAGCAGUACCUCGACUCCUAAACCGGUUGUACGAUAAAGCACAAUCAGAAAUAUCUAGCUCGAAGUUAAAGAAAUUGCUUUUUAAUAUGGCACUAUCGGCAAAAGAAUCGGAGCUAAAAAGAGGUAUAAUAAGAAGCGACUCAAUCUGGGACAAGCUGGUAUUCCGCAAGGUCCGCGAAGGCAUGGGCGGGCGUCUUCGCAUCAUUGUUGUCGGCUCCGCUCCUCUUGCUGGAAACGUUCUGACCUUUGCCAGAUGCGCUCUUGGUUGUUUGAUUGUGGAAGGCUACGGACAGACAGAGUGCACUGCGCCGGUGACCCUCACAGUUCAGGGCGACCAUGUUCCUGAACAUGUCGGGCCUCCCGUCGCUUGUUGCAAAGUGAAACUAGUGGAUGUACCCGAAAUGGAAUAUUACGCGGCGCAGGGCCAGGGCGAGGUGUGUGUGCAAGGAGCUAACGUGUUCAAGGGUUACUUCAAGGACCACGAGAAGACCAAGGAGGUCAUCGACCAUGACGGAUGGCACCACACCGGAGAUGUCGGGAAGUGGUUACCUAAUGGCACUCUAAAAAUCAUCGACAGAAGAAAACACAUUUUCAAACUUUCGCAAGGCGAGUACAUAGUUCCUGAAAAAAUCGAAAACAUUUACAUAAGAAGUCAGUACGUCGAGCAAGUCUUCGUGCAUGGUGAAUCGCUAAAGUCGUGCGUGAUAGCGAUAGUAGUGCCCGACGUAGACGUGGUGAAAUGCUGGGCUUUGGAGAACGGCAUCAAGGGCACGUUCUCGGCGCUGUGUGAGAACGAGAAGGUGAAGAAGGUGAUCCUCGACGAUAUGCUGCAGUGGGGCAAGACCGCCGGCCUCAAGACUUUCGAACAGGUGAAAGACAUCUAUCUUCAUCCGGACCCAUUCUCAGUACAGAACGGCCUCUUGACGCCGACGCUGAAGGCGAAACGACCAGAGAUCAGAAGUUACUUCAAGCCACAGAUAGAAGAUAUGUACAAACAGCUCGCAUAACGGCAGCACUGUUAUUUACACUCACAAAUAAUAAUUGUUUCAAUGAGAUGGACAGUCGUUAACAGGGAAUAUUACGAAGUCAUAACGUGAUAGUGCAGCACCAGCGUAAGUAGACAGUAUUUUGACAUGGACAAGAUAUUCUAAGUUUGAAAAUGACAGAAUUGAACACCGGCAAUAGGUGGUUUGUUUACUGCAUUUUCUGAUGCCGCGACAUGUAUCGAAUUUCGUAAUGUUUCCUUGUUUUUACAGCUAUAGAUAUGUAACAACUUCUCAAAAAUUAUUCGUGAAAAUUAUUGGAUAUAGAUUGAUAAAUAAUUUUUAUGUUUGUAUGCCAUGCGUUUCACGAUUUCACAAUAGAAAUUUAUUAAAUUACAAUUGCCAAGGACAGUAGUAUAAAAAGGUAAUGACGCACAUAUAGUUUAUUUCCAUUGUUUUUUUUAACUAGAAACAAAUGUACGUUGUUUAAGUUCACCUUUCCUAAGCAGACAAUAGAAAGUGUUAAAUGGUAAAUGCCAAAUUUGAAACUAUGUCCGUCUUAUUAAAAUAAGAACAUCUUAAUACCUACCAUUUCACAGUACUUGCAUGUGUUCGAUAAUUAGUUCUCACUUUGCUUUUGCUACGUUUAUAAUGUAUAAGAUACUAUAAUACUGACUGACACAAUACAAUAUUUGAUACGUCAUUUGACAUCUUAUUUACAUUAGCCCGAGUACGAAAAAUAUUAUAACGUAUUUGCUACGAAUUUUGCCUGACGGAUUACUCUUCAGAAAAAAACGCAAAUAAAAAUCAAUCUUAAGUUAAUAUAAUAUAGGAUUCAUUUUGGAGAUAGAAAAUCUAAUGGCAGAUGUCCUACUCAAAUUUUCUCCCCCUAUUAAUAAAGAGGGAGAGAAAAGGAGUCAGAGAACUUCUCAGUUCAGAUACCUAAUCCGUCUAGAAUAUAUAACGUAGAUAUUAAAGCACGUUUACCAUUAGAAAGCAAGAAUUUUUCGUGGUUGUCUUGCAGUUCUAUCAUAAUAUAUAGUAAAUAUACAUAUAUAAAACUUUCAGUAAAUUGGUGGUAAACAUUGUAAACAAUAAAUGUAUUGAUAUUUUCAGCCAAGAUGUUUUGACUCCAAAAAAUGAAACAUAAACAAAACUGCCAUCUAAAAAUAAAAGUAUAUAUAGUUUAAAACUAGUUAAAAUUUAACUAACUGUCCUGUGUAGCAGUAUCUUUCUUCGAAGGUUUACUUAAAGAUUAAAUUGUUAUAUAGGAAUUUAGUUAUUAAAGAAACAUUUGGAAAAAAGAUGACGCACAAAAGAGGGCACGUUAAGAAAUUAUAUUUUAACUUUUUCAAUACCUAAAUAUGUUUAGGUGUCUAUAAUAAUGUAGGAAAGUAACAUUUCAUGCAGUCAAUUAACAAUAAAUAAAUCUUUGGAAUAUAGCAUUUUGGCUAUUGUAUUGAACAUCACGACCGGCGUCGCAUCGCCAUUUUGGAUUUACACUUUUGUUGACUAUUUGUUCUGUUAGAGUUAAUCAAUUAUAUUAUUAUCGCUUAUGAAUUUAAAAGGCAUUUCCAUAUAAUAAAAAUAAAAUAAUAUAAUAAGCUUUAUAAAUAAAAAAAACUGCUGCAAGAUUAUAAUGUACCUAAUAUUGUCAUUUUACACAUUAUUGAUAGACAUAAUAACUCUUUCGGGCACAAAUAAACAUUAUAUCCACCAACAAAAUCCAAAUGGAAUUGCCGGUUGUAAAACAUUUUUAUACUCUAUAUUUUAAGUUUUAUAGGGAGUAUAAUUUACAAUAAUAGACUUAGAUAAAUUUGUAAGCAAUACGUUCUACGUAUGUAAACUGAAGUAUACAUGAAAUAGAUUACAUUAUAUCGACGACGCUAACAGGCGGUUCAUUUAGCAAGUAUAAUGCUAUAGAAAUGUUCUUUGUUUAAUAAUCAUUAUUUCGUGUGUUUAUCAAGUUCUGUGAGUAUCCGAUGAUGUUGUAACUUUUAGUGACGUAUUAUAAUUUUGGUGCAAAUACUAAUAGGUCUAAGUAGAGAAAUACUCGUACUUUAUGCCGUGCCUUCCUAAAAUAUUUUGUAAUUCAAGAUUAAAAAUAGCGCAAUUUCAAUAGGGUUGCGCGAGAAUAAUUCUUAUUUUAUUUGCGUUAAGUAGAAUUUUGUGAUUAUAUUUCUGUUUUUUUUUUAAUUGUGUGUGUGUGUAAUUGGGUUGAGUCUUAUGUUGGGAUGCGGAGGAAAAAACUGAAGCUCUAAAUGAUAAUUGCGCUUUUGCUCGCGUCAUCCCAACUUAAGGUUUGUGAAUCUCUUCUACGUUGCGAAUGAUUUGUGAGUUUUACAUGACGAAAAAAAAAUGUUUUAACUCUGACGUGCGCUAUGAUUUUUUCACAGAAGUUUUUUAACAUUCAAAAAAUAUGAAUCACUUUUAAGUAUGUAUCUUUGAUCAGUUCAUAAUUAGUAGUGCAUAUUCAUAUAGUCAAAUCAAUUAACUUGUACAAAAUCGUAACGCACGGCCAGCUUUAAACAAUACAAUUUAGAACAAAACAUCGCACCGUGUAGCUCUAAGCAAUGAUUUUGUAAUUCUCUACGCAAUAUUAAUAAGUUGUAUCAUGCUUCGAGCGAAAGUUACGGUUUCAUGUUGUUCAAACCAAAAUUUUGUUGUUAUUGGUGCAAGUUGUACUACGAUAAUUUAUUUUUAAAUAAAAAUUUUGAAAACUUAA